AUGACGGGUGGAAAGGGUGGAAGUCGGGUGAAGAGACUGGUCGGUCAGGGGCCCUUGGCUUUCUACGUGCAGUUCACCCCCCAGGACAUUAAUGCAGUCACCGCGCAGGUUGUGAGAGACUUUCUGGGGAACUUCACCUUUCCCAGCGCCGGGCCGGAAAUUCAGAUUAUCAACACGACAGUUACCACCGGUGGGUUCCACACAUCCCGGGGGGAAUGCACCCGGGGGCUCCUGGAUCUGCGCUGUAUGUGCCGGCCCGGCUUCGUGUUGAACGUCCCUAAGUGUACAGAAAACCUACUGUGCGGCCCCAUUUGGGUUCUCAGUCCUUACUGCCUGUGCGCUCAAUGGGCGUCAACUGCCGCUUACUGUGAAUCUCCACCAACAAAUCCUGGAAUGAUCUCAUUACUAUCGAGCACCAUCAGUAUUGGCAGCCAAGUCCAACUGCUCUUCAAUUCCACCAAAGAGGUCACCAACGUCCGGUGGUUUAUUAAAAACAAGUAUUGGAUCCUGAUGACGGAGCUUUAUAACGGGGCGAAAAUCAGCAUCGAAACCUCUGCCUUCAACUCAACUCUUACUAUAAGGGACUCUACCAGAAUGUGGGGAGGUCAGUAUAUUUGCAACUUCAUUUACAAAAACCUCUACUGGCAAGUGAACUACACGGUGGACUUUCCCCUUCGCUCGCAGGACAUCACCAACAUUCCAGCCCGGGCCUCGCUGAUGAGUAAUGGGUUUCUGGGCAUCACCUUAGAGUGCUGCGUUUGGGACGAUGGUCAGAACUACACCGUCUUAUGGGAUCCCGGGGCCAUGUCUUCAGUUGUGUUGAGAGGAACAUGGAACCUGUGCUACACACUGUCCAUCACGACUGUCCCCGCGGCCGACACCAAUUUCACCUGUAGGUUCCAGGGGAACGUGGAACAAGUUGCAGAAGCUCAGAUCAGCAUUGUGGUCAUACAAGCUGGAGACUUGUAUUGCCCUCAAGAUGUGUUUAAUCCUAGUUGGAAAGAGACUAAAGCUGGGUAUGAUGCCGAAAUCCUCUGCCCAGAAGUGGCUGAAGGGCGGACUAGGGAUGCCGGCAACCGAGAUUCCCCUGAUGAUAGGGACUUUAAAGUACUACACGAUGGGAAGGGGCCAGACUUUAUUGCUGUGUGCAGUCAGAUCUUGGAAUACGAGAUGCCAAACCUGUGGUACAAUAUCCAUUAUGAAGAUCCGGCCAUAGGUUCCAAAUUUACACAGUCAUUGGAGAACAUGCUGAAGGUCCUGGAGCCGCAGACCAAGGAUCUACAGAUCAUUGCACCUAACAUUGAGCUCAACGUCCUUGUUCUAGAAUCCUCUACGUUGGCCUCUUACAGUACCUUGAACGUUAACCCUAGGGUGCAGAUGUUCUUCAAGAGCACCGCUCUUCAAGAGCUUACUCAGACAGGCAACCUCACCAUGGCCAGCCUGGCAAUCAAUAAACUAAGUAAACUACUGGCUAAUAAUUAUGGGGACAGCUUAAAGGGGUCUGACCAUGCCAUCAAAGACCUUAUCUUAAUGAACGUCUUUAAUAUAAACCAGGAUGGCAUAGAUGUGAUUUUUGAGCGAGCCAGCGACUCAAAUAAGACUAAAGUAGACCUGUCGCGGUGUGUUUUAUGGGACUACAAUCUAUUUGAUGGAAAUGGAGGUUGGUCUGCCGAGGAAUGUGUCACCUACAACAAAGACAACCUGACCGUGUGCAGUUGCUCACACCAAAUGUCUCUUUCCCUUGUCACCUUUAUUCCGACCGCUCAAGAGGAAUGUCGCUGGAAAUCUCUAAGCCUCUUCAGUAGAUCAACGUCCAUCGCAAGUCUUACCCUUUCCCUUAUCAUAUACCUAGUGGAGUGGAAGUUUAUAGUGAAGACUCUGAUCUCCUUUUGCCAUCAGUUGUCUGCGGUCAACAUUGCCCUGUGUUGGCUGAUUGCAGACUUGUGUUACUUGGGUUCCUCCUGCAUCAUGAGUACGACACCCACCCCCGACCUGUGCAUCGCGGCAGCAUUUUUCAAGCACCUCUUUUACACGGCUGCCUCCUUUUGGAUGCUCUUCGAAGGACUUUUUCUGUUUCAGCAACUUGUUUUGGGUUUUCUGAAGUUGCAGAAAAAAGCCCUUGUGGUCAUCAUGCUGGCUAUUGGUUACCUUUGCCCGCUGAUAAUUGCUCUUGUGACUUUGUCUCUGUAUCAUCCAUCAGGCACUUAUAUUAAUGCAGACACUUGCUUUCUGAAUGUAGACAAUGGGGCGAUAAAUACUUUCUCUGCACCAGUUCUGCUCAUUAGUUUCAUGAACAUCUUUGUAGUAAUUGUGGGAAUCUGGAAACUGAUGAAGCCGUCCCAAUCAGAGAAAUCAGAAGAAGGUGGAGAAGGGAGUGCAAAAGAGAGGUUAGAAGAAAGUGCAGAAGGGAGUACAAUAGAGAGUGCAGAGGAGAGUGCAAAACAGAGGUCAGAAGAGCGAGCAAAAGAGAGGUUGGAAGAGAGGUCAGAAGAGAGUGCAGAAGAGCAAGCAAAAGAGAGGAUGGAGGAGAGAUCAGAAGAGACUAUAGAAGGAGGAGAUGAUAAAGAGGACUUGAUAGCCAUCUUUAAGCCUCUCCUGAUCCUGACAACUAUCUUUGCCUUGACUUGGGUCCUCCAAUUGGCAAUGUCAGUAAUGUGCGGAGUGCAGGGGUUCUUGGACUUCAUUUCUACUCUUCUCAAUUCAUUUCAGGUAAGUCAGAGGAGACAGCCAGUCAGCACAUGA